AAGACACCAUGGGAAGAGCUCCCUGCUGCGACAAAGCCACCGUGAAGAAGGGACCAUGGUCGCCCGACGAGGACGCCAAGCUCAAGUCCUACAUCGAGCAUCACGGCACCGGCGGCAACUGGAUCGCGCUCCCGCACAAGAUCGGGCUUAAGCGCUGCGGGAAGAGCUGCCGCCUCCGGUGGCUGAACUACCUUCGGCCUAACCUCAAGCGCGGAGGGUUCUCCGAAGAAGAAGACGACAUCAUAUGCAGGUUGUUCGUCAGCAUCGGAAGCAGGUGGUCUGCGAUCGCUUCACAGUUGCCGGGGAGGACCGAUAACGACGUCAAGAACUACUGGAAUACAAGGCUGAAGAAGAAGCUCUUGGGCAAGCACGCGAAGGGAGCAGAAACUAAGGGAGAUGACAAUGGCGGGAUCACUGGCUCGCCUCAGCAACCUGCUCCAAUCGAUCACGUACGCCAUGAGCUUGAUGGGAGAUUCUACAUUGACGCAGCAAACCGUGGAAGUUCCUCUGUGAUGCCGUCAACAGUUCCCUGCUUGGUUUCACCUAGGUUGCAGGAAGACUCAGGUGUUCAAGCUUUGCAAUGCUUGAAUGACCUCACGACCGAGCUGGACGAGAUACUUCGAUUCAACAGCUUGAUGUACUCGAGAAUGAUGGAAGGCUGUGAAGGGAUGCAACAGCUUCUAUCUGAUGCACAUGACUUGGUGUAGAUCUGCAGCAUUUGAUGGAGGAAUUGUCAUUAGGUUUCCUCAAGAAAAGUCUCCUGAUCAUCUCAUCUGUGCUUACUGCGUUUGCUUUUGGCUUCUUCUUCUUCUUCCAUAACUGAGCAACUGUUUUGGACUGGUGUGAUGUGGUUGGAUUGUUCAGUUAGUCUUCUGAUUGCUGCUGCUACUCCCUACAGCUCUUUGGCUAAUGAGCUAAAUUCCUUUAACUCACACUUGCUGUCAAAAACAAGCUUUUUGUUGUUAAAAUC